UGAGUGAGUUAAAAACCCUCACAGCGCUCAUAUGGGGCGCGUUUGUGUCGUUUAUAGUUUUGCAUUUAUUUUACAUUUCUCAGCUUAAUAAUCUCUCACCAUGGCUUUAUUUUGAUACCGAGCUAUUUCGUACAAAGGGUUAUUUUAUCAGUGCAGCACAGAUAUGGUCCGUUGGAAGCUGAUUUGUUUGUUGUUGUUGUUUUUAGCUUCAUUCUCCUGGUGCAGAAGUUUAAAAUGUUCCCAAGGGAAGAGGUGCACGGACCGACCUCCUCCUGUGGUACUGAUUCCAGGAGAUCUCGGGAACCAGUUGGAGGCCAAGCUUGAUAAACCCAGCGUCGUUCACUACAUCUGCUAUAAGAAGACCACUGAGUACUUUACGCUCUGGCUGAACCUGGACCUGUUGCUGCCUGUGGCCAUCGACUGCUGGAUCGAUAAUAUGAGACUGAUCUACAAUCACACAACGCGAAGUACAGAAGCCCCCCCAGGCGUGGACAUCCAGGUGCCCGGCUUCGGUAAGACGUUCGGCCUGGAAUACCUCGACCCGAGCAAACGCUCCUUGGGAAUGUACUUCUUCACUAUAGUGCAAGCCCUGGUGGAUUGGGGUUACACCCGAGACGGAGAUGUCCGAGGGGCACCUUACGACUGGAGAAAGGCUCCCAAUGAGAACAAGCCAUACUUCAGCAAGCUGCAGCAGAUGAUCGAGGAAAUGGCAGAGGCAUACGGUGGGCCGGUGGUCCUCAUCGCUCACAGCAUGGGCAACAUGUACACACUGUACUUCCUCAAUCAGCAGUCACAGGCCUGGAAGGACAAAUACAUCAAGGCGUUUGUGUGUCUGGGUCCUCCAUGGGCUGGCGUGGCCAAGACGCUGCGCGUGAUGGCCAGUGGUGAUAAUAAUCGCAUUCCAUUGAUCAGCCCUUUGAAGAUCCGCACUCAGCAGCGGACUGCCGUGUCCACAGCAUGGCUCUUCCCGUACGCGCACACGUGGCCGAGCGACGUGCCGCUGGUCUACACACCCAGUGCCAACUACACGGUGAAAGAUUACGAGCGUUUCUUCAAGGACAUCGGCUUUGAGGAUGGCUGGGCCAUGCGUCAGGACACGGAGCCACUGGUGCAGGAUCUGAAAGCCCCUGGCGUUCCCGUGCACUGUUUGUAUGGGACCGGUAUCGACACAGCGGAGGCUUACCACUACAGCACCUUCCCAGACGCAGAGCCCAUAGUGGUGAACGGCAAAGGAGACGGCACAGUGAACGUGCUCAGCGCCGUGCAGUGCAAACGCUGGGAAACCGAGCAGAAACAUCCCGUGCAUCUGGUGGAGCUUCCAGGGAACGAGCACGUGGCAAUGCUGCUGAACUUCACUACCGUCGCGUACAUUAAAAACGUGCUGUUACCACCCUGACGCACACAACACUUUCACUAUCACCUUUUAAAUUAGCAGAAGUGACCAGUCGCACCUGACUGAAAGUCCUCAGUUCUGCCUUUAUAAUGAUUUUUUUUUUGCCCCUUUGAGGUUAAUUACUUCUGUUUUAAAAUGUAAUUGUUUACCUUCGAAAAGCGCUCGGCACAGAUUGCCACUUUAAUUUAGAGAAACGAUCCGAGUCGCUUUCGUAAGUGAAAAUGCCUCAGUUCUUCUUUUCUAUAAAAAUCCUUGGAGGUUAACCACUUCUUUAUCUGACUGAAAAUGUCCAGUGGUUUUGUGGUUAUCUGGAUCUUAGAGGUAAAUAAAUUAGUCGAGGUUUAUCCAUAUGUACGUUCUUGGGCACGAUCAGAAAAUGAGCCUCUGUGAAUUUUAUAUUGGGGUUGUCAAUAAAUCCUAAAUUUUUAAUUUGUAAAACUAUCGAUAUUUACUGAACGUUUUAGACCAAAUGUUCUCUGCCACUUUAAAUGCUAUCUCUUCUACUAACACUGAUGUGCCUGCGAUUUGAUUGUUUCUCAGAACUGAGGUGAAUACUUUUGCUAUUCUUUCUAAUUAUACCAAAAAUGUUCUUUUAUCUAUUUUGUAAAUCAGAUGUUUAUAUUUUGAAUGUUUUUUUUUCUUUGCUCAUAUUUCUGCUGAAUCAGACACUACAGAGGCACAGCUAUACUCCGAGAGAACUUUGGUCAUUCCAUCAGCACUAAUUUCAUGCUGAGACCUUUUACGCUGAAAGCAAUUGUCCUUGAAUCUCUAUUUUUGUUUUCGUACCCAGAUCAGCUUGGAUUAUAAAUUUAACUUGGGCACAGGAUCAAGACACCUUAACGUUUUCAUAUGCUAAAAGAUUAUUAUUCAUUCAAACUGGAGGUAUAUAUAGCAUUAUAUAUGCAGUGUAUAUGUAAAUAGCAUUAUAGUUAAUAGAUAAGAGCCUUUUAGAGUUCAAUUUGGAUCCAUUUAUUCCUUUGUCCCAAAUGUGUCUUUAACGCAUUUAAUUCCAAGUCACAUUUGCAUCUUAAAGGUGGCGUGCACGAUGUUUUUGAAAAAUGCUUCAGAAAACUGAGUCAAGCAGACAAACAAAACAAACGUGUAGCCAAUGAGCAGAAAGGGGCGUGUCUUGUCAAUAUGCGGCGGAGAGAGCGUUCAGUGCAUAUGUCUGACAUUAGCAGAAAGCGACUGAAACAUUGACAUGGCGGAGACCUGCCGUUACCUCUGCCACGGGUUCUAGGUGUCGAACGUCGUCUUCCGCGUGAAACGGAGCUAAACCUUUCACGGUACAACACACAGUACUACAAAAACACAUUUAUAUUACCAUAGUAUUACUCAUGGAGUUGAUUUACUGAUAAAAAUAUCCCCUCUGCUAGCUGCCCCAGCAGGUUCCGUCAUAAUAGCCUGGGUUACGUAUGUAUGUGUGGGGAGGAGCUAUCAAAACAAGGGUGACAACCAUUUGGGUUAGGGGCGUGUUUGUUUUGGUGAUUUCAGAUGUUAAUGUUGGCUUUCAAACAUCGUGCACCGCACCUUUAAGUACUUGUGUAAUUGUUUUUUUUUAAUUGUUUAAUUUUUGUGUAAAAGCAAAAGUAAUUGUUGAUGUAAGAAUCGAGAGAAAGGUUUGUUCAGUAGUCUGAAGUCAUCCGUCAUUAUUUUCACUGUUCUCAUUCUGAUCAACUGGUGGGUUCAGAAGGUCAAUCACUUAACAUUUCAAUCAUUUUUUUUUGCAUGGUUUCUUACCAUUUUAUUAAUUUUGUUUUGUUUUUGGUGUGGGUGAAAGGCAUAUAUGAGUGAUGCACUGCUCUAGAAAGCCACUUACUCAGUUUUGUGACUAAUACUGUAAGCCUGUACAAGUCAGUAUUGUUCAUUUUAUUUACAAGCUCAAAAUGCUCCUGUUGUGCCUUUUUAAACUUGUCAAGAGUGUUUGUAUUCUAUAUCGGUUGAACAGUAAUGAUUUUAAUGUUA